GUGAUACACAUUGGCAGUGUUUGAGGUCAGUGGUAUUAUUGACUGAGACAAAUGUUAAAUAAUUCAUAUUCGCAUUUGUACAGCCCCCGACAGGAACCCAGAAAACAUUAAGAUUGAGGGUCGCCUGCCACAUCAGAUGGACAUCAGCUGGGAGCCGCUAUUGCCUGUGGAGCACAAUGGUCCCGGUCUGGAAUACAAACUGAGUUACAGGCUAAUGGGUGUCGAGGACAGCUGGAAAGAAGAGAUGAUCAAGAGACACUCAUUUCUGGUGCGAGACACCCAAACAUUCGUCCCCUACGAGGUCAAGAUCCAGGCCUUCAACAACCAUGGUUGGGCACCAGAACCCAGGGUAGUGACUGGUUAUUCCGGGGAAGACUUGCCCUUGGCGGCUCCUGCAAACAUAUCUGUGGAGGUGUUGAACUCUACGCUGCUGAGGGUCAGCUGGUCACCAGUGCCCCAAACCGCCCUGAGGGGCCACCUUGGAGGAUACACUGUUCACUGGUGGCAAACACAAAGUCUGUUGACCUCUAAGAGAAUUCAAUUAGAGAGAAAGUCUCUCACCAUCCCUGGAAACAGGAGUCACACCAUGGUGCCGGGACUGAAGCCAUUCUUUGAAUAUAGCCUGACUGUCAACAUCUUUAACCGGAGAGGGAAUGGGCCCAGCAGCAGUCCCAUCUCUUUCACAACUCCACAGGGAGUUCCUGAGCAACCUCCCAUCCUGAGAGCCACAAACUUUCAGAAAGACUCCAUCACACUGGUGUGGGCGCCUCCGCAUGAAACCAAUGGCUUUCUCACGGGAUACUUGCUGCAAUAUCAGACAGUUAAUGAGACUCUCGGUGAGCUGAAAUCUGUGAACAUCAAUGCUCCAGAUACAACACAGUGGGUCUUGCGUGAUCUGCAGGAUGACAACUGGUAUAAGUUUUACCUGAGCGCAUGCACGCAGGUGGGCUGCGGGUCAGCCAUCAGUGAGGAAGGAGGUACCUUCUUUGAAGUGUUUACAAUGCCCAAACAUUCCUUUCCGGAAGUUUCUACAGUCUCAGCUGAAACAUCAACAGAGAGCUAUGAACAGUUGACAUCUAAGGGGACGACAUCUGAGUUGAGACAACCUUUCUCUUUCGCCUCAUCUAAUACAGACUCUCCUUCUAUCAGUGCCACCUUUCCUACCUUAGUUGUGCUCAACAUAUCUGCCUUUGUAAGUGACACGUCUGCAAGAAUCAGCUGGAGAACCAGAGGAGAACGUUCUGAUUCACAGCUCUUUGUUGCCAUAAUGAAUCACAGUGAUGGUAUCUGGCAGCUUACAGAGGCUUUAAAUACAUCUAAAGGUUUCCACCUCGUUGAAGGGCUCAGCCCAGGAACUGUGUACACAGUCCGGCUGCAGGCUUCACGCAGGGUUGAUGUCCCUAGCAUUUUUGAAGAGGUUUUCAAGACAAGGAAAGUGUCUAGUAAACAAGCCGUGGCAUCCCAGGAGUGGUUUGUGGCGAUCAUGUGUGGAGUGGCUUUACUAACUCUGCUUGUCCUCAUCGGCUGUUUUGUAAUAAAGAACAAAAGCGGCAAGUACGCAGUUAAGGAAAAGGAGGAAACUCCUGCUGAUCCUGAAGCUCAAGCCAUGGGCGAAGAAUCCCCCUGCGACAGUGACAAUGAUAAGAAGCCGCUGAAGAGCAGCCAGCCAUUGUUCACAGACAUCAAAGAGGAUGAUAGCAGCGAGGACGACAGCAGUGAGUUCGACGAAGAUGGGUCAUUCAUCGGGGAGUACACGGGGAACAAGCGCAGGGGGUCCACAGAGGUGAACGGACACGCCCCUGUGACCUCAUAAUGCUGGUCAAUCUUAGGAACUUUUAAACAAUUUUACAGGGAGAACGAAAAGAUUGUUUGUAUGAUGUGCCAUGAAUUUGUCUGCGUUUUUUUAAGAGUUUGCUUUUGCGUGAAUGGCCACUUCUUUACAGUAUUAAUAUGAAGAGUGAUGACAGGUUAUAGUUCUGGCCAACAUGAAAGUUAUGCCAUCAUUUAUUCAUCACUAUGCGGUUUCAAACCGUUAUGACUGACUUUUUUAGAGAUGUUUAGCAGAAUGUUCAAGCUGCUCUUUCCUUACAAUAAAAAUAAAUGGUGACCAAGAACUGCAAAGCUUAAAAAAAAGACAAAAAUAUAUCUAUACCCUUGUGAAAAAGAAGUACAUUUUAGCAUGCUUAAAAAAAUCGUACUUAUGGAAAUAAUAUACUUUAAAAGAAUAUACGUUAAGUGCAACUGACUGUGAUGUUUUGUAGUGUACACUAUUUGAAUGUUAUUUGCAAUUACCUUAGUAAUUAAAUUUAUAUUAAAUCCAUUUAAAUUUAAGAGUAUUUCUUGACCAACUUAAGUACUUCUUUAUAUGUUGAUAUUUACAUAUUAAGUACAUCUUUAUUUGUAAUUUCAUAAUUAAAUUUUCUUUGAAAUAAGGUUAAAUUCUACUGAUGAAUAUAAUUACGGGCAUUUAUUGUAAACUAAAAUAUAUUUUAAUCUUUAAGUACACUUAAGUAGCCUUUUAUUUUAAUUUCUACAAGUAGAUUUUAAAAAAAACAUAUUUUAAGAUAUUAAUUAAACUACAAGUGCACAUUUAAUACAAUUAAGCACACUUCUUUUUCACAGGGGUAUUCAAAGUCUUCUCAAACCAUAUAACAUGAAAUUCAAUAAGUCAUUACUCAAUGAAAAUCUGCUGCAACUCUCAAAUCUCAUUCACACUUGCACAUAUUCAAAUAUGGCACAUCAAGAUAUAUCACAGCAGGCUUUAUAUCAGUGAUGAAAAAAAAAAAAAAA